AACUCGGAACUCGGUGGCGGGGUUUGCGCGCGCCGCCGGACCGAGUCCGCUGCCGUCCCUGUCCCCUGAGUCGGCGGCUCCGGCGUGACAGUGGCGGCGACAUGUACGCGGUGUACAAGCAGGCGCACCCGCCCACCGGGCUCGAGUUUGCCAUGUACUGCAACUUCUUCAACAACAGUGAGCGCAACCUCGUGGUGGCCGGCACCUCGCAGCUCUAUGUGUACCGCCUGAACCGCGACGCUGAGGCUCUGACCAAGAAUGAUGGGAGCACAGAGGGGAAGGCCCAUCGAGAGAAACUAGAGCUGGUAGCCUCCUUCUCCUUUUUUGGCAAUGUCAUGUCCAUGGCCAGCGUGCAGCUUGCAGGUGCCAAACGCGACGCCUUGCUUCUCAGCUUCAAAGAUGCUAAGCUGUCUGUGGUGGAGUACGACCCAGGCACUCAUGACCUGAAGACCCUGUCUCUGCACUACUUUGAGGAGCCUGAACUUCGGGAUGGAUUUGUGCAGAACGUGCAUACGCCCCGUGUGCGGGUGGACCCUGAUGGGCGCUGUGCGGCAAUGCUCAUCUAUGGCACAAGACUGGUAGUUCUGCCUUUCCGCAGAGAGAGCCUGGCUGAGGAGCAUGAAGGGCUCAUGGGUGAGGGGCAGAGGUCCAGCUUCCUGCCCAGCUACAUCAUCGAUGUACGGGCUCUGGAUGAAAAGCUGCUCAACAUCAUUGACCUGCAGUUCCUACACGGCUACUAUGAGCCCACCCUGCUUAUCCUGUUUGAGCCCAACCAGACCUGGCCAGGGCGGGUGGCUGUGAGGCAGGACACGUGCUCCAUUGUGGCUAUCUCGCUGAACAUCACACAGAAAGUCCAUCCAGUCAUCUGGUCCCUCACCAGCUUGCCUUUUGACUGUACCCAGGCCCUGGCUGUGCCCAAGCCCAUAGGUGGGGUAGUGAUCUUCGCUGUCAACUCCCUGUUGUACCUGAACCAGAGUGUUCCCCCAUAUGGCGUGGCUCUCAACAGCCUUACCACGGGCACCACUGCUUUUCCAUUACGUACCCAAGAAGGUGUAAGGAUCACCCUGGACUGUGCACAGGCGGCCUUCAUCUCUUAUGACAAGAUGGUCAUCUCCCUCAAGGGUGGUGAGAUUUAUGUGCUGACCCUCAUCACUGACGGCAUGCGAAGUGUCCGAGCAUUUCACUUUGACAAGGCAGCUGCUAGUGUCCUCACCACCAGUAUGGUCACAAUGGAGCCUGGAUACCUGUUCCUAGGCUCUCGCCUGGGCAAUUCCCUCCUCCUCAAGUACACAGAGAAGCUGCAGGAACCCCCAGCCAGCUCUGUUCGUGAGGCUGCUGACAAGGAAGAACCUCCCUCAAAGAAGAAGCGAGUGGACCCUACAGUGGGCUGGACAGGAGGCAAGACACAGGAUGAGGUGGAUGAAAUUGAAGUUUAUGGCAGUGAGGCCCAGUCAGGCACACAGCUAGCUACUUACUCUUUUGAGGUAUGUGAUAGCAUGCUCAACAUUGGACCCUGUGCCAAUGCUGCUGUGGGCGAGCCUGCCUUCCUCUCUGAAGAGUUUCAGAACAGCCCUGAGCCAGACCUGGAGAUUGUGGUUUGUUCCGGCUACGGGAAAAACGGGGCCCUGUCUGUGUUGCAGAAGAGUAUCCGGCCCCAGGUGGUGACAACCUUUGAACUUCCUGGAUGCUAUGAUAUGUGGACAGUCAUUGCUCCUGUGCGGAAAGAGGAGGAAGAAACACCCAAAGCAGAGAGCACAGAGCAGGAACCUAGUGCCCCUAAAGCAGAGGAGGAUGGGCGAAGACAUGGCUUCCUUAUUCUUAGCCGGGAAGACUCAACCAUGAUCCUACAGACUGGCCAGGAGAUCAUGGAGCUGGACACCAGUGGCUUUGCCACACAGGGUCCUACUGUCUUUGCUGGAAACAUUGGGGACAAUCGUUAUAUUGUCCAAGUCUCGCCACUGGGCAUUCGCCUGUUGGAAGGCGUGAAUCAGCUACACUUCAUCCCUGUGGACCUGGGCGCCCCCAUCGUGCAAUGUGCUGUGGCUGAUCCCUAUGUGGUCAUCAUGAGUGCUGAGGGACACGUUACCAUGUUCCUACUCAAGAGCGAUUCCUAUGGUGGCCGCCACCACCGGCUGGCACUACACAAGCCUCCACUACAUCAUCAGUCUAAGGUGAUUGCGCUCUGCCUGUACCGAGAUGUCAGUGGCAUGUUCACCACUGAGAGCCGCUUGGGUGGGGCCCGUGAUGAACUGGGUGGCCGAAGUGGCUCAGAGGCUGAAGGCCUGGGCUCAGAAACAAGCCCCACAGUGGACGAUGAGGAAGAGAUGUUAUAUGGGGACUCCAGUUCCCUCUUCAGUCCCAGCAAAGAGGAGGCCCGUAGGAGCAACCAGCCACCAGCUGAUCGUGACCCUGCACCCUUCAGGGCUGACCCCACUCACUGGUGCCUGCUGGUGCGGGAGAAUGGCACCAUGGAGAUCUACCAGCUCCCAGACUGGCGGCUGGUAUUCCUAGUUAAGAACUUCCCUGUGGGACAGCGGGUUCUGGUGGAUAGUUCAUUUGGACAGCCCACUACACAAGGUGAAGUCCGAAAGGAGGAGGCCACACGCCAGGGGGAGCUGCCUUUGGUCAAGGAGGUGUUAUUGGUUGCUCUGGGAAGCCGGCAGAGCAGGCCCUACCUGCUGGUACAUGUGGACCAGGAGUUGCUUAUCUAUGAAGCCUUUCCCCAUGACUCUCAGCUUGGCCAGGGAAACCUUAAAGUCCGUUUCAAGAAGGUCCCCCACAACAUCAACUUCCGUGAAAAGAAGCCAAAGCCAUCCAAGAAGAAGGCAGAAGGUUGUAGCACUGAGGAGGGAUCUGGAGUCCGGGGCCGUGUGGCACGUUUCCGCUACUUUGAGGACAUUUAUGGCUAUUCGGGGGUAAGCAGAUGGCUUGGUAAGGGCCUGGAUUUGAGGAUGGGCCCAACUCCAAGUGCACUCAAAAGUGCCUGUCCCCAGGUCUUCAUCUGUGGACCUUCACCUCACUGGCUCCUGGUAACUGGCCGUGGGGCUCUGCGUCUGCACCCCAUGGGCAUUGAUGGCCCCAUUGACUCCUUUGCUCCAUUCCACAAUGUGAACUGCCCCCGUGGUUUCCUGUACUUCAACAGACAGGGAGAGCUGAGGAUCAGUGUCCUGCCUGCCUACCUGUCCUAUGAUGCCCCAUGGCCGGUCAGGAAGAUUCCACUCCGAUGCACAGCCCACUAUGUGGCCUACCACGUGGAAUCCAAGGUAUAUGCUGUGGCCACCAGUACCAACACACCUUGCACUAGAAUCCCACGCAUGACUGGCGAGGAGAAAGAAUUUGAGGCCAUUGAGAGAGAUGACAGAUACAUCCACCCCCAGCAGGAAGCCUUCUCCAUCCAGCUCAUCUCCCCAGUCAGCUGGGAGGCCAUCCCCAAUGCCAGGAUCGAGCUAGAGGAAUGGGAGCAUGUCACGUGCAUGAAGACAGUGUCACUGCGCAGUGAGGAGACCGUGUCAGGCCUAAAGGGCUAUGUGGCUGCUGGGACCUGCCUCAUGCAGGGGGAGGAGGUCACGUGCCGUGGGCGGAUCCUGAUCAUGGAUGUGAUUGAAGUAGUGCCUGAGCCGGGGCAGCCCCUGACCAAGAACAAGUUCAAAGUCCUGUAUGAGAAGGAACAGAAAGGGCCCGUGACUGCGCUGUGCCACUGCAAUGGCCACCUGGUGUCAGCCAUUGGCCAAAAAAUCUUCCUGUGGAGCCUGCGGGCUAGCGAGCUGACUGGCAUGGCCUUCAUCGACACCCAGCUGUACAUCCACCAGAUGAUCAGCGUCAAGAACUUCAUCCUGGCAGCAGACGUCAUGAAGAGCAUCUCACUGCUGCGCUACCAGGAGGAGAGCAAGACGCUCAGCCUGGUGUCCCGGGAUGCCAAGCCUUUGGAGGUAUACAGCGUGGACUUCAUGGUGGACAAUGCCCAGCUGGGCUUCUUGGUGUCUGACCGAGACCGCAAUCUUAUGGUGUAUAUGUAUCUGCCAGAAGCCAAAGAGAGUUUUGGGGGCAUGCGCCUGCUGCGCCGAGCAGACUUCCAUGUGGGUGCCCACGUGAACACGUUCUGGAGGACCCCAUGCCGAGGUGCUGCUGAGGGGCCCAGCAAGAAGUCGGUCAUGUGGGAAAACAAGCAUAUCACAUGGUUUGCAACCCUUGAUGGUGGCAUUGGGCUCCUGCUGCCCAUGCAAGAGAAGACAUAUAGACGACUGCUGAUGCUGCAGAAUGCACUGACCACCAUGCUACCCCACCACGCUGGCCUCAACCCCCGAGCCUUUCGAAUGCUGCAUGUAGACCGGCGCAUCCUGCAGAAUGCAGUACGCAACGUCCUCGAUGGAGAACUGUUGAACCGUUACCUAUACCUCAGCACCAUGGAGCGCAGUGAGCUGGCCAAGAAGAUAGGCACCACACCUGACAUCAUCCUGGACGACUUGCUGGAGACAGACCGCGUCACGGCUCACUUCUAACUCUAGGAUGCCACACCCUGCUGUUGUAUACCUCCCUCUUCCCGUUUUGUAUAAAACACAAAGAAAACAAUUUCUUUCA